UGAUAGGAAAGCUAAGCAAAUGUCCUCGUGUAUCGUUAAUGGCCAAAUGCGAACUGUUACAGAUAUUAAUAGUGUAGCAACAGCGGCCACACUAGUCCAAAAAUCAUUGCAAACUACGCCUCUAGCCUAAUAGUGUAGCUACAGCGACUACACUGUAGCCCAAAAAUAAUUGCAAGCUACGCCUCUAUCUAGCUCUGCAUCUUGAUUGUAUAAAAGGAUGCAAAAAUGGGACCUGUGUCUUCUGACUAGGCUAUUGCAUAUCCGUUGUAAACGGUGAAAUUCCUCCUUGUGUUGAACAUGUGCCUUUGCUCUCUCUGUCCCUCAACCUAAAUGAAUCCUGGAAAGGUUACAUCAGAGACCGUAAAAAGCAGGGUUAUAUAGGUACUUGACUAUCAUCACUAUCUCACUAGACACACGUAACAACCAAAAGCAGUGGUAACAUGACAGUUGCAGUUUGAGUAACCCAGCUGACAAUAGAAAAAGCAAUGUAAUGUCCAAAUCAAAUUUAUUUAUAUAGCCCUUCGUACAUCAGCUGAUAUCUCAAAGUGCUGUACAGAAACCCAGCCUAAAACCCCAAACAGCAAGCAAUGCAGGUGUAGAAGCACGGUGUCUUUCCUAGGCACUAAGUCGAGGCAGUAAAUCGGGGAGGCAUUAUAGCCAAGUGGAUCGAAUCCUGGAGCUGACGAGCAAUGUUGCCAACUCCACAGUAAGGAAAGUAGCUAUUGGUUGUCCUAAAAGUCGCUCGAAGUCGCCAAAUGACGUCAUUGCCUAAUUAGCAUAAUUGGCCAUGUGCAUGUAAUUGUGAUGGACGCUGUAGGAGAGACAAAAAGGCGGGAUCAGCCGCGGCGGCUUCCCGCAUGCGCGAUUCAUUUGCAGUCUGGACGUGGAGGGGUGAACAUCUCCUGUUCUGACUGCAGCUGGGAGGGACUGGUGCGAGAGGACUGGGCCGCCUGUGAUUGCUUUGGGACCCCCGGUAGAACCCGCUGCUCGUUGAGAAGAGAGUGUGUGUGUAUCUCUACUGGAUCCCGUCAUGUCGACCCAGCCUGCUCCGGAGCAGGGAGGUGUGUUGCUGAACAGUGGCCUGCACAUGAAGAGCAAGAAGGGUCUGGAGGCCGGGAAAGUGGAAGGCCUGCAGGCCCGGGGCCAGUGGGCCAGCAAGGCAGAGUUCCUGCUGGCUGUGGCGGGACAGAUCAUAGGCCUGGGCAACGUGUGGAGAUUCCCCUACCUGUGCUACAAGAACGGAGGAGGUGUGUUCUUUGUGCCCUACCUGUUGUUUCUGGUUCUGUGUGGUGUUCCUCUCUUCCUGAUGGAGACCUCUCUGGGUCAGUAUACCAGCCUGGGAGGGGUCAGUGCCUGGAGGAGCAUCUGCCCACUGUUCGGAGGUACAAACACACACCACCCCAAGGUCUGGGCUUUGCCAGUCAGGUGAUGAUCCUCCACGGGUGUGUGUAUUACAUUGUGGUCCUGGCCUGGGCUCUCUUCUACCUGGUCCACAGCUUCCAGUCAGAGCUGCCCUGGGCCCACUGCAACAACACCUGGAACACAGAUACCUGUGUGUUGUUUGACUGUCAGAACCUAACCUCUGGGACCGGCCUACCAGAGAACGCUACCUCGCCUGUCAUCGAGUUCUGGGAGCGGGAGGUCCUGCAGCUGUCCAGUGGACCAGAUGAGCUGGGGCCAGUCAGCUGGAGGCUGGCUCUGUGUCUGCUGCUAGUCUGGGUCGUCUGCUACUUCUGUGUGUGGAAGGGGGUCAAAUCCACUGGCAAGGUGGUCUACCUUACCACCACGUUCCCCUACUUGAUGCUGGCCAUCCUGCUGGUACGUGGCAUCACCCUGCCUGGAGCUGCCCAGGGGAUCAUCUACUAUCUCAAUCCCAACAUCACCCGCCUGGCAGACCCACAGGUAUGGAUGGAUGCGGGGACUCAGAUCUUCUUCUCUUAUGGCAUCUGUCUGGGGAGCCUUACCGCCCUGGGCAGCUACAACAAAUACAACAACGACUGCUAUAAGGACUGUUUAUCCCUGUGCCUGCUGAACAGUGGCACCAGCUUCCUGGCAGGCUUUGCCAUCUUCUCUGUGCUAGGCUUCAUGGCUCAGGAGCAGGGCGUGGACAUUGCAGAUGUGGCCCAGUCAGGCCCUGGGCUGGCCUUUAUAGCUUACCCUCGGGCUGUAGCCAUGAUGCCUUUCCCUCAGCUCUGGGCUGUGUGCUUCUUCCUCAUGAUCAUCAUGCUGGGGCUGGACACACAGUUUGUGAGCCUGGAGGCCCUGAUGACCUCUGUGACUGACCUCUACCCUACGGUGAUCCGGCGGGGUUAUCGACGAGAGCUGCUGCUGCUGAUGGUGUGUGUCGUCUGCUUCCUGGUUGGCCUGGUCAUGGUCACCCCGGGUGGUCUCUAUGUGUUCCAGAUCUAUGACCACUACUCCUGUAGUGGGGCCAGUCUGCUGCUCCUGUCCAUCUUCCAGUCGGUGGCCGUGGGCUGGGUUUACGGGCCUGACAGGUUCAAUGACAACAUUAAGCACAUGAUUGGCUACAGCCCGCUGCCCUUCUUCAAGCUGUGCUGGCGCUAUCUGACGCCAGCCAUGUGCACGGCGACGUUUUUGUUCUCCUUGGUGUGCUGGUCCCCUCUGUCCCUGGGCAAGGGCAUAGUAGCCCCGGGGUGGGCCACAGCUCUGGGAUGGCUCCUCACCCUCUCCUCUGUCUCCCUGCUGCCCCUCUGUGCACUUUACGCCCUUGCCACCACCCCCGGCAGCCUAACACAGCGUUUCCGCCGGCUGUGUCGUCCUGCCCCCGACUCCAAUUUGGCCAUGGACCACCGGACCACCUCUCUCACCUUUGAACCCUGUCUGGCUCUCACCGCCGGAAAUCCAAUGAGCCAAUCGCAGACGUGAUCUAGGGACGUCCACCCUGGGUUUAGCCAAUGAUACGGUUUCUGCGCACCAAUGGGACAGAUCAGAAUCGGGGGUCAUGGGAUGUUUCUGUGGAGAUGGGAAGGCCUCUGCCCCUCUGUUGUGUUCUCACUGGUAAAUGGAGACAGGAUGGUGGUUGAAACUGUGAUGGGCCUGGGAUAUGUGGACUGGACUUAGUGACAUGCCCAUGGGGGAGGGGGAAAUUACCUCAUCAUAAUUUCAGUCAGACUAGUCAAUGGUUUCUGACUGGACUAUUUUGAUCAGAAUGAUUGGGUCUGAAAUGGUACCCUAUUCCCUCCCUAUAUAGUACACUAUUACCUUUAACCAGGGCCGCUAGGGCUCUGGUCAAAAGUAGUGCACUAUGUAGGAAAUAUGGUGCCAUUUCAGUCUGUAAUUGGCUGAUUGGAUUAACGCAUUAAGUGAAACUGUUUACAGAAAAUGAGAAAUCUCAUCUGGGAUUGGAAGUAGUGAAGAAAAUCAGACCGUAAAAGAUAUUUUUCUCCUUUUUGCUAUUUAUUGUGUUGAAUAAUGAAUCGAGUAAAGUGAAUGCAGUACCAUGUUGAAAACAUAAGUAAUAAUCAGAGAGACACUAUACACUGAGUGUACGAAACGUUAGGAACACCUGCUCUCUACAUGGCGCAGACUGACCAGGUGAAUCCAGGUGAACGCUAUGCUCCCUUAUUGAUGUCACUUGUUAAGUCAUUGUACCUAAACUGUAUGUGUAAACAUGUAUACGCAGGGCCCAGCUGUAAAAGAGACCUUGGUCUCAGUCUGUGUUCCUUGUUGAAAUAAAGGUAUACUAAUAAUAAUGAUAACAGUAAGUUCACGUCAAUCAGUGUAGAUGAAGGGGAGGAGACGGGUUGAAGAAGGAUUUUUAAGCCUUGAGACAAUUGAGACAUGGAUUGUGUAUUUGUGCCAUUCAGAAGGUGAGUGGGCAAGACCAAAUAUUUAAGUGCCUAUGUACUGGGUAGGGUACUAGUUGGUGCCAGGCACACCGGUUUGAGUCUGUCAAGAACUGCAACGCUGCUGGGUUUUUCACGCUCAAUAGUUUCUCGAGUGUAUCAAGAAUGGUCCACCACCCAAAGGACAUCCAGCCGACUUGACACAACUAUGGGAAGCAUUUGAGUCAACAUAGGCCAGCAUCCAUGUGCAAUGCUUUUGACACCUUGUAGAGUUCAUACCCUGGCGAUUUUGACUGUUCUGAGGGCAAAAGGGGGUGCAACUCAAUAUUAGGAAGGUGUUUUGUACUCUCAGUGUAUAGUAGGAACUCCGACAUACGAACAUGUCUGGACUGGAGGUCCUUCAGAACACUGAAAUGUCCGUAACUUUGAAAUUCACUUUAAAAACUCAUCAAAACCUUUAUCGAAUAUAUUGAUUAAAUAUAUUUUUAUAUAAAUGAUUUGUUAUAGAAAAUAUAUACAUAUAUAUAUUUAUUGUUUUACAUGUGUUUUCUAAUCAUUUAUCUAGAUACUGUAAUAAUAUCUGAUUUUGUUUUUAAGACCAUGUAAACAACAUUUACAUUUGACAGAAGUUCCGUUUCAUAUUGCCCGUUCGGUUGACUGGUCAAUCUGUAACUCUUGAGGCUCGUAUCUUUGAGGUUCUACUUUAUACAAUCUAAUGGCAUGUUGUAAGGUUUUCAAUCAUGUGAAAAUCCCUGUAACUAUUUUCUUGUUCUACAGUAUGUGACAACUGUGUCUAAUCAUGAUCCAAUGUGUUCAAUUUUACUUCUCAAAGCUGCUGGAAAUGUACACUGUCACUGGAUACCUAGUCAGUUGUACAACUGAAUGCAUUCAAGUGCAAUGUGUCUUCCGCAUUUAACCCAACUUCUCUGAAUCAGAGGUGCUGGAGGCUCAGGAUAUAUGAAAGAAAAUAUAAUUAUAUGUGUGUGUGUGUGAGCAAAUUAUGAAGUGUGUGUUGGAGUGUCGGUGAGUGUGUAGGGCCAUCUGAGUUUGUAUAGAGACUGCAAAAAAGGGUCAACUCAGUGUGUGUAAUUAUUUUGUUAGCUAUUUAGCAGUGUUAUGUCUUGGAGAUAGAAGCUGUUCAGGAGACAUGGUGUCAGAUUUGAUGCACCGGUUCCAUUUGCCAUGCGGAAGCAGAGAGAACCGUCUAUGGCUUGGGUGGCUGGAGUCUUUAACGAUUUCCCAGGCCUUCCGUUCACACCACCUGAUAUAGAGGUCCUGGAUGGAGGAAGGGAGCAAGGGCCCCAGUGAGUCCUAUAUUGCUGGCGUAGGUACGUUACCUCUGUGACUUAGGUCCUAGGGGACACCCUGUACUUGUCACCUAACCCCCCCCCCCCCCCCUGGCUGCCACGGCAACGGAUGACAGAAGAGAGAGCGCCUCUGAACAGGCACACCACACUUUAGAGCGAGAGAUAGCGAUGAAGGGAUGGAUGGAGGAUGGAUGAAGAGAGGGAGGGGCCUCUUUAGAAAGGAUCAAAGCCAACUUGUCAUCCAUCACUCGAGAACAAAUGUUGUGGGUUCUCGUUAUUAUGCUAACGUUCUUUAUCGGAUGCAUUUCUAUCCCAGCGGGCAUUUAGUGGCCUGUUAUGGGUGAGGGAGGGAGAGCAUGUGAGUGAAAGAGCGUGUAAUGCAUCCCAAAUGGCGCCCUAUUCCCUACAUAGUGCACUAUAUAGGGUAUAGGGUGCCAUUUGGGACACGGACCGAAAGUCCUUGAGAUUCAUUCUGGAACCAUCCACCAUCACUGAGCCAGUUGGUUGUGUAAAAGGUGCCGGUGUCAAAUAGCUGUGUUAGAUUCCCCCCACAGCGGAUGAUAUAUAGAACCGGGUUGUCCCUGCUCCACACGUGUCUGUGCACGCGUGGUUAUGCACACGUUGUUUUGGUGAUGAGUAUUUUAGAUACUAUGGGACUCCUUUGCAGAACGUGCGAUCUAUCAUUGUACUGUGUAUGUGGAGAUGAGGGGGUGGUUAGUUCAGGCCCAUAUGGUUCCCUGGCAUACAUCCUCUGUUUCAGAGGAACAGGAUUAGAAAUGAUGCCGUGUGUGUGAGAGAGGGGGAAUGAAAGACAGAAACGUAUUGGAGGAUGUGUUGGCAGAUGCAGUUUGUCCCAAGCUCUACACCGUAUAAUUGUUUAGGUUGUCUGUAGCCCACCCACCUCCUUUUCCUCUUUCUAUGCCAUCUAGGCUACUCUUUCUAUCCCUUUCCUACCCUCUCUCCCCUUUCUAUAUAGUUUUUUUUGUUGCCGUCAUCACCAAUUGCUUUAUAAGUUGUUCUUUGUGUAGCAAAUCGCAUGAUUUGGUGUAAGCAAACACAAAAUUGACCGGCUGUAGCAUUGACUGUCAUUGGUUUACAUGUAGAUGUAAAAAUUCACAUUUAUUCUGAAUUCACCUCAGUGGUUUACAAUGUA